AUGCCUCCGGUUACCACUGAGUAUGAGCUUGCCCUGUCUCCAGACCUUACGAUGAGACAGCUUACCGUUGGUGGACAGUUGAGAGCCACAAGAGGACUAGUGGGUUGGUACACAGGAUGUGGCAUGCACUCUCCAGAGUUCAAGUGCCACUUAGAGCUUCUUGUUUCAGUGCUCCAGCUACUCGGAAGGAUCCUACCAAACCAAUCCGGAGGGAUAACUUUGAUGAGGCAUGAAGAAAAACCAAUGUUUGGCCCGUUACUCAUGGUGAUCGGUCGAACACCUUGGUAUUCAAUCGAUCACAUUGGAAAAUAA